AUGGCUCUUAUGAAUACCUCUCUUUUUUCUUCGAAGUCACUUUACAGCAACACCAAUUCUUUUUCCAAACCCAAGGAUCAAUCUCGACCAACUUUUGCUCUCCCUCCCAGCAACAAGAAUUCAACAUCUCUCCCAACCAUCACUGCUGUUCAUGCAGCCGAGUCCACCAAAAACCGAGUAGCAGUGAAGGAAUCAUCAACAUUUACACAAUGCAUCACUAGGAAAUGGACAUUGGAUAGCUGGAAAUCGAAGAAGAUAUUGCAGCUACCUCACUACCCGGAUGAGAAAAAGGUGGAGACAGUGUUGAAGACCAUUGAGUCGUUUCCUCCCAUAAUAUUUGCUGGUGAAGCAAGGAACUUGGAAGAGAGGCUGGCGGAGGCUGCCAUGGGCAAGGCAUUCUUGCUGCAGGGUGGCGAUUGUGCCGAAAGCUUCGAGGAGUUUAGCGCCAAUAACAUCCGGGACACUUUCAGGUUGCUGCUCCAGAUGGGUGUUGUGCUUACAUAUGGUGGACAAAUGCCAGUGGUUAAGGUGGGAAGAAUGGCUGGCCAAUUUGCUAAGCCAAGAUCUGCUGAAUUUGAGGAGAAGAAUGGAGUGAAGCUGCCAAGUUACAAGGGGGACAUCAUAAAUGCUCAUGCUUUUGAUAAGUCGAGAAUUCCUGACCCGCAGAGGAUGAUAAGGGCUUAUACUCAAUCCGCAGCAACUCUGAACCUCCUUAGAGCCUUUGCUAGUGGAGGGUACGCUGCAAUGCAGAGGGUUGCCCACUGGAAUCUUGAUUUUAUAAAGAAUAUUGAGCAAGGGGACAGAUACAAGGAACUUGCUGACCAUGUUGAUGAAGCCUUAGGAUUCAUGGCUGCUGCAGGAGUCACAGCAGACAAUCCUAGCAUGAAAACAACUGAAUUCUGGGCAUCUCAUGAGUGCUUGCUUUUGCCUUAUGAGCAGGCACUAACUAGGCUGGAUUCAACUUCUGGCCUGUACUAUGACUGCUCUGCUCACAUGGUUUGGUGUGGGGAGCGAACCCGGCAGCUGGAUGGUGCCCAUGUAGAGUUUCUGAGAGGAAUUGCCAAUCCACUAGGCAUAAAGGUUAGCGAUAAGAUGGAUCCAAAUGAACUAGUUAAGCUCAUUGGAAUACUGAAUCCUCAUAACAAGCCAGGUAGAAUAACAAUCAUCACGAGAAUGGGAGCUGAUAACAUGAGAGUCAAACUUCCCCCUUUGAUCAGGGACAUUGGUAGGGCAGGCUACAUUGUCACUUGGGUCUGCGAUCCAAUGCACGGUAACACUAUUGAGGCACCAUGUGGACUCAAAACCCGUGCCUUUGAUUCAAUUCUGGCUGAGGUGCAAGCGUUCUUCGAUGUCCAUGGGCAAGAAGGCAGUCACCCUGGAGGCAUCCAUCUAGAAAUGACCGGGCAAGACGUGACAGAGUGCGUUGGAGGGUCUCCGUCAGUAACUUAUGAUGAUUUAAGCUCAUGUUAUCGCACACUGUGUGACCCAAGGCUUAAUGCCUCUCAGUCUCUGGAGCUGGCUUUUAUCAUUGCCCAACGACUUAGGAGCAAAAGAAUUAGGCUUUCCUUUGGCCUUUAA